CAUUUACCACAACAUAUCUUCAACAUUCUUUGGUUCCUCUCAUCAUUUUCUUUACACUAUGGAGUCUCAAAACAUGAACCAAGAAAAAUCAUGUGUGCUAGUUAGAGGGUGGGAAAAGUUAAAGGCUUUGCCAAAGGCUCUUAUGAAGAAGGUGUUAUGCAUUUGUAAGAUGUCAAAAGAGAUAGCACAAGAUGAUCCAAGAAAAGUGAUUCAUUCACUAAAAGUUGGACUUGCAAUUUCUUUAGUGUCUCUAUUUUACUACUAUCAACCACUUUAUGAAAAUUUUGGUCUUUCAGCAAUGUGGGCUGUGAUGACUGUUGUGGUAGUUUUUGAGUACACAGUUGGAGCUACUUUAGGAAAAGGUUUGAAUAGGACAAUGGCAACAUUGGUGGCUGGUGCUUUAGGAGUUGGUGCUCAUUACUUAGCUAGCUUAUCUGGAGAGACAGGGGAACCAAUUAUAAUUGGAUUCUUUGUAUUUUUGCAAGCUGCAAUAGCAUCAUUUAUAAGGUUCUUUCCCAAAGUGAAAACAAGAUAUGAUUAUGGGAUGCUAAUAUUUAUAUUAACAUUCUCUUUAAUAUCUGUAUCUGGAUUUCGUGAUGAUGAAGUAUUAAAAAUGGCUCAUAAAAGAUUAUCCACCAUUUUUCUUGGAGGUUCUGCUUGUGUUAUGAUUUCCAUUUUUGUUUGUCCUGUUUGGGCGGGUGAAGAGUUGCACUAUUCCAUUGCUCUCAAAUUGGAAACACUUGGUGACUUCUUAGAAGCAUUUGUAGGUGAAUAUUUCAAAACAUCAAAGGAUGAAGAAUCUAAAGAUGAAAAGUCAUUUCUUGAAGGUUAUAAAAGCAUUCUGAAUUCUAAAAGUAAUGACGAGUCUCUGGCCAAUUUUGCAAGAUGGGAACCAGGUCAUGGAAAGUUCAAAUUUAAUCAUCCAUGGAGUGAAUACCUUAAAAUUGGUGCUCUUUCUCGCCAAUGUGCUUAUAGAAUGGAAGCUCUAAAUGAACAACUCAAUUCUGACACUAAAGGAUCACCCGAAAUUCGGUGUACAAUCCAAGAACUAUGCACAGAAAUGUGUUUAGAAUCAAACAUGGCACUGAAACAAUUGAGUUCAUCAAUCAAAUCAAUGAAAAGGAGAUCUUCCCCGGAUACACACAUUGCGAACGCAAAAGCCGCGGUGAAAAGCCUUAACUCAUUGCUUCAAUCAAGUUUAUGGAAAGAAAAUGAUCUUUUAUUAGUAAUACCAGCUGUGACAGUGGCUUCAUUACUAAUUGAUAUUGUUGAUUGCACAGAAGAAAUAGCUGAUUCUGUUAAUGUUCUUGCUUCAAUCAUUCAUUUUGAUAAUUUAGAUGAUGAUGAAAAAGAUGAAAAGUCCCCUAAAGAAGUGUCACAAUCUCCAACAUGUCAAUGUGCUGAACCAGAUCCUAAGAUUGAGAACUCACAUGUGGUUAUUAUAGUUGAGGAUUCAAUGUGUGAUAAAUGUAACAAAGUUUGAUUGUUCAUAUACAUGUACUUCUGUCCGAAAAUAAAAGUAAAAAUUUGUCAACAAAAGUGAAUGUAUUUGGUUUAAAUUUGAACCAAAUACAUCGGGUUUGUUUGACUUUGACCUAUUUUUACUUAUAUUUUAGGACGGAUGUAGUAUACGACUACACGUGACUUCAACAUUUAGAUUAGAACUAAUCAAGAAACUUAAUUUAAUUUUUUUUAGUUGAAUAACCAAUUAUAUUGGGAUUCCCUAUAUAAUUGCAACAUUUUUAUUAGAUUAAAAUUAGGUUUCUCUCUACAAUAAUGUUCAUUUUGUAAUCUAAAUGUUAAAUGGUUAAUGAGGAUUGUUUUAUUUUUAUUCCA